AUGAAGCUCGUUGCCGACCUGUCUCACUGUAGAGGUGAGCGCGCACAUUAUCAAUUCCGCGGCGGCUUUUUUGCCACACUCUCCAUUUUUGCAUUUUGUGCAUUGUGCGUCGCACUCGCAGACGCAAUUUUUAAUAUUGGCGACGAGCCGUCCCACGUUCAACGCCUUUUCCUUUACAUAGUCGACUGUUUUUCGUUCAGCAGUAUAAAGCUCUUUAUCCAGCGCGUUGGCAAAUCCAUUGCAAAGCCUUUGGACAGCUUCAAUACUUUUAGUGAUGCCGCCACUGACGGUAUUAACAGAUUGGAACGCCUCUUUGGCUACACUAGUAACAUCUUCAUUAAGCUUCUCUUUCAUUCCAAUGCCAAACUGCUCAAUGCUGCCCGUCAUAUUAUGCCCAUGCUUCCACCCGAGUAUCCUCCGCACGGUGCCAUUGUGCUCCAAUAUGGUGGCCUCCAGCCAGCCCUUUGCAAUAUUCGCGAAAUUAUUCUUGAACUCGUUAGCAUAGCUGUUAACCAAACCGUGGACAAUGCCAUCCAGACCACUUAG